UAUAAAUUAUAAAUGGGUGUUGGCAAUAAAACCACUCGUUCGAAAGAAGAAGUCAUUUGAGGAUCUCUCAUCAGCAGAGGGCUUCUUAAAUAAGAAUUAUUUCCCUUUGUGAAGGACAGACUGCUGCCGUCGUGGGCUCAUCAAGACGCGAUGGCCCGUGAUAAUAAGUUCUGCUCAAUUUUGCUGCUUUUCUUCGUUAUUUGCGCAGUGUCAGAUGGACUACUGGUAACUCUACUCUCUUUUUCUGGUCGACCAAACGUUUGGUGGAAUGUCCCAGACAAUCACCAACUCAUGGCAGAUAUACAAAGCAAUCUGACGGAUGCGAGGGACCGACAAGCUACUUAUACUCUAAGCAGAAUACCUCCGAGGCUCGGGUACAAAGGACGCAAAGGGCCGGUCAUUAGAAAGAAGCGUAUGGUCCUUGGCUACAAUCCUUUUAUUUGGAACCUUUUCCCUAUUGUGCUUUUGAACAACUGUUACAACUAUGCCAACGAUAGAAUGACGCACACCUUUGCACAGCCUGGAAGAGGUGCGGGGAAUAUUUAUGCAGGGAUAACUGGGGCUCUGAUGGAAGCAGCAGCAGUGCGUGAUGGAUUGCGAGUCAUUGCCAACCCGCAGCUGCCGGAUAAAUCGACGGACUUUGUGGUGGCUCUUGUUGUCGAACCCAAUGUUGACUUCCACUGGUAUGUUCUGAACGAUCAUGGUCUAUGGUCUCACAAGCCUGGUCAAACGCCCGCGAUUAAUUGGGAUAAUGCUGGAGCACAGAUACUUAAUGUUCCAGCUUGUAAUAUGGGCAACUAUCAGUUCCGCAGCUACAUGGCUACCAACUAUGGGACUACGAUCCUGUGAUCGCAAAGAGGUCGUUUCUCAUUAUAUUGUUUAACCCUGAGAAUUAAGGUAUAGCUCUGUAAAGCUAUUUCAAAUAAAAGGGUAUUGCUUCAAUCAC